UACUUUGAAAGUCGCAACAGGAAGUGCGCGUUUCAUUGUUAGAGCGUGUUGACUGUGGUCCUGCUGCCGCUCAGCCUCCUCCCGUCGUCGCCAUGGUGCAGAUGAUGGAGUCGCAGUGCGAGUAUUUCAUGUAUUUCCCGGCGGUGCCGAUCACGGACCUGUCCGACCCGGCCCGGUACCGCACGCUGCCCCGCAGGAGCCACCUGUACCUGGGCGAGACCGUCCGCUUCCUGCUGGUGCUGCGCUGCAGGGAAGCCGGAGCGACGCCGACCGAGCACGGCCCGGCAGGGGGCGCUGAUGGCACCGCGGCAGGUUUUGGGACGGAAUCGGCCAGCAGCCGGGCGUGGAGGGAGCUGGCCGGAUCUCUGUGCGCCGUGGCGAGCGUGAGUCCGGGUGAGAGCAGUCGUCACCGGGGCAACCACCAUCAGCAUCACCACGACUACCAGAGCAGCGGGGACGAGGCCAACGAGGACGGCGAAGAGGACUACAUCGCGGCGGCCGAGGCCGCCAUCGCUGCGCUGGGCAGCAGGGUGGACUCCCGGUGCCGGAGCUUCAGGGACUGCAAACCUCUGCUCAUCCACAACUCCUCUGGGACGGCGUCGAGGGAGUUCCGCAGGGCGCCCGUCCAGUCUCCUCUAGAUGAGCCGGUGGUCCUGACGGAUGAGGUCAUCUUCCCGCUCACCGUCUCUCUGGACAAACUGCCCGUCAGCACCCUUAAAGUCAAGGUGAUGGUCACGGUGUGGAAGAAGGAGGCGGAGAAAGUGGAGGUGCAGGAACUCGGCUACCUGAGCGUGCUGCAGCAGAGAGAGCCGACGCACACCUUCAGACACGACCUGAACACCUUCAAGGCUCAGGUGAGCACCACCCUGACCGUCCUGCCGCCUCCAACUGUCCGCUGCAAGCAGAUGACUGUUUCUGGAAAACACCUCGCGGUCUUAAAAGUGCUGAACGAGUCUUCUCAGGAGGAGGUGAGUGUUCGGGAUGUUCGGAUUUUACCGAACCUCAACGCCUCCUACCUUCCCGUGAUGCCCGACGGCUCCGUGCUGCUGGUGGACAACGUGUGCCAUCAGUCCGGUGAGGUCGGCAUGGCGUCCUUCUGCCGGGUGGACAGCCUGGCCUGCCGUCUUCCCAGCAUGCUCAGCGCUUUGGAGGAGCACGACUUCCUGUUCCAGCUGCACCUCAACGACAUGCCGCCGGACGACUCCAGUGAGGGGCUGGAGGUUCCUCUGGUCGCUGUGCUGCAGUGGUCAACUUCCAAGAUGCCUUUCACCAACUGCAUCUACACCCACUACAGGUUGCCCAGUAUCCGUCUGGACCGGCCGCGCUUCGUCAUGACGGCCAGCUGUCCGAGCGCCGUCAAGGUGAAGGAGCACUUCAAGGUCAAAUACGUUCUUCUCAACAACCUGCAGGACUUCCUGGCUGUGCGGCUCGUCUGGACUCCAGAGGGUCGAGGUCAGGGGGAAGACGCAGCGCUGUCUGCCGUGGUCUGUCACACCCCUCUCAGUAACCUGGGUCACUGCCGCAAAGGAAGCACUCUGUCGUUCAGCGUGGCCUUCCAGAUCCUCAAACCAGGACUGUACGAGCUGAGUCAGCACAUGAAGUUAAAGCUCCAGUUCACAGCGUCGGUGUCCAACCCUCCACCCGACGCCCGGCCCCUGUCACGUAAAAACAGCCCGUCCAGCCCGGCGGUUCGAGACCUCCUGGACCGACACCAGGCCAGUCUGGGGCGCUCUCAGUCCUUCUCCCACCAGCAGCCGUCUCGGUCCCACAUCAUGAGGACGGGCAGCGCCAUGGAGCGACGGGCCAUCACGCCUCCCGUUGGCUCUCCGGUCGGUCGGCCGCUCUACCUGCCGCCGCAGGACAAGUCGCUGCUGUCGCUGGACAAGAUCGCCAAGAGGGAGUGCAAAGUCCUGGUGGUGGAUCCUGUCAGCUAGGCAGCGAGAGGAGAGGCUUUUAUUUUGAUAGAGAAACGCUCACGAGAAGAGAUGACAAAGAAGCUGACUUCAUGUUACUGCAGGAAACUCUCCUGUGUUUGAUCAGCUGACCAAUCAGAACAACGAGGAAGAAGUUCAUCCUUCAGCUGAAAUAUUUCAUGUUUUAUUGUAUUUAAAGACACGUUGGGUUUUCCAGCUCGUUUCCUGGAAGCGUUCUUUAAAGUUUUAUCUUAUAUUUAUCUUUAAAGCAUCGUCCAGAUGGAGCCACUGAAUGUGUGUUUUACAGGAUGAAAGCUGCAAACAUGCAGCUCAGCUCCACAAAGAGCUGAAGAACUGAGAAUUUAUUUUACAUUGUUUAGUAAAGUUUCCAGGAAAUGAGCUGGAAAGUGCCAAACCUGCAAAAUAAAGUGUUAGCUUUUUACUUCUGUGUUAUUUUCAGAGUAAAAGACAUUACAGGUUAAAAACGUAUUAACCUGAGGACAGUCACAGUUAAUGUUUUCUUUCAGUGUUAUUUCCUCCAUCGCGUCACAAACGGUAACUUCAGCAGAAUGUUGCUAAUAAAAUGAAUGUAAUGGUCCAGGCUGUUGUUGUGAGUCUGCAGACACCCGGAGCUCCCUCACAGCGUCCCUCUGAGGACACUCAGCCUUUUAUUAAAGAGCAGCACGAGUCUGCCGCCUUGC